AUGGCCGAGUACAGGACCCUACUCCAGGACUUGACCAAUAACAUUACCCUUGAAGAUCUGGAGCAGCUCAAGUCAGCCUGCAAAGAGGACAUCCCCGGUGAGAAGAGUGAGGAGAUCACUACCGGCAGUGGCUGGUUUAGCUUCCUGGAGAGCCACAAUAAGCUGGACAAAGACAACCUCUCUUGUAUCGAGCACAUCUUUGCGAUCUCCCGCCGUCCUGACCUCCUCACUAUGGUGGUUGACUACAGAACCUGUGUUCUGAAGAUCUCUGAGGAAGAUGAGCUGGACACCAAGCUAACCCGUAUCCCCAGUGCCAAAAAGUACAAAGACAUUAUCCGGCAGCCCUCUGAGGAAGAGAUCAUCAAAUUGGCUCCUCCACAGAAGAAAGCCUGAGCAAGGAGGAGGAAGAGGAGGAAGGUUGGACCUUCAUCAGACCACUCUUUCUCCAUCCUCCAGGGGAGGGGCAAGGGCAGCCCUCCCCCAUCUACCCACUUACUAACCUGGU